GGCACCGCUCUGGAUACAAAGCAGCCAGCCACGCUCUGGCUUCUUCCUCCCAAACCCCACUGGCCUCCUCCUCCUCCUCCUCCCUGUUUGCGCGCUCCCUCCCUCUUCCACUCUCUUUCUUUCCCUUAACGCCACGCUGCAGCAAGGCAGACCUGGGGAACUGGAGGUCCACGGAGGAGGAAGGAGCUCUCCAAUGCUGUUUCUUUGCGAGUGAAACGCGGGGGCAGAGAAGAAAUGAAGGAGUGUCUUGGUUGCUGGCUGGAUUAAGAAAGAAUACAUAAUAUAUAUAUAUAUCUGGACCCAACAAACGAGCUAAAAAGGAGGAGAGGAAAAGGAGGAGGUUGCUGGGGGGAGCCCACUCCGGUGGGUGAACAGCCGCUGUGAAUCGUGCCUCUGUUCCCAGGGAUUAAAGCAUGAAUGGGAGCAGCUUCCCAGCCACGAUGGAGACAGAAGGCGGCUCAGGCUAUGGGAAUAAGGUUUCCUUCCAAACGAGGCCCUGAGGUUCCUGCUGGCAGCUCCAGUGGUCUCCUGUAGAAGUGCCCUCCUGCUCCUGGUGCCAGCAGCCAAGGCCCCUCCAAACCUGCUUCUGCAAUGGGUGGGUUGUAAGCACUGGUAAUGAGGAGCUGUGGGUCCAGUCAGUCUUGGAGAUGCCGAAGAGACGAGACAUCCUGGCUAUCGUGCUGAUAGUUCUGCCCUGGACACUACUAAUCACCGUCUGGCACCAGAGCACCAUUGCUCCACUGCUUGCAGUGCAUAAGGAUGAUGGUGGUGACUCCCGACGUGAUCUCGCUGCAGGCUUGGACUCCAAGGAAUACUGCUUGUCGGACCGGGACAUUGUGGAGGUGGUGAGGACAGAAUAUGUUUAUACCCGUCCACCCCCGUGGUCAGACACCCUUCCCACCAUCCACGUCAUUACGCCCACCUACAGCCGGCCCGUACAGAAGGCAGAGCUGACGCGCUUGGCCAACACCCUCCUGCACGUGCCAAACCUGCACUGGAUCCUAGUGGAGGACUCGCAGCGGCGCACGCCUCUCAUCACCCGACUGCUGCGGGACACGGGGCUUAACUACACCCACCUCAACGUGGAGACACCCCGCAAUUACAAGCUGCGGGGAGACAUGAGGGACCCCCGCAUCCCCCGGGGCACCAUGCAGAGGAACCUUGCCCUCAGAUGGCUGAGAGAGACCUUUAACAAAAAUAACAGCCAACCUGGGAUUGUUUAUUUUGCCGAUGACGAUAACACCUACAGCCUGGAGCUCUUUGAGGAGAUGCGCAGCACCAGGAAGGUGUCGGUGUGGCCGGUGGCCUUCGUUGGUGGCUUGCGCUAUGAGUCGCCCAAAGUGAACGCUGCAGGGAAGGUCUACGGCUGGAAAACUGUGUUCGACCCCCAUCGCCCCUUUGCUAUAGACAUGGCGGGGUUUGCUGUGAACCUCAGGCUGAUUCUCCAGCGAUCUCAGGCUUACUUCAAAUUACGAGGAGUGAAGGGAGGCUACCAGGAAAGCAGCCUGCUCCGGGAACUCGUCACCUUGAAUGACCUUGAGCCGAAAGCUGCCAAUUGCACUAAGAUUUUAGUCUGGCACACGAGGACAGAAAAGCCGGUGCUGGUGAACGAGGGGAAGAAAGGAUUCACAGAUCCCAACGUGGAAAUCUGACUGUGCACGGCUGAGCGGAGACCAACACCAGAAGAUUUCUUCAUGCACAGCCUGCAAGGUUCCUCUCCACGCCAGACGUGCAGCAGCCAGGAUCUCUGCUGACUUCCAAGAGUUUUAGUGUACUGAAAACAAGCAACACUGCAUACAUAAACUACCCGGAUUCCCCUGC